CACGCAUUUCCAUGUUCCAACCCAUCAGCCGACAUCUUCGGUUCGAAGCCCCUGUCUAGCACGGCUGCGAAAACUCCACCUCAACACCCCUCCUCGUUUCUCACAUCCCUUCGACUUGCGGCAGUUAGCCUCGGAGCCGCAGUGCCCUAAACCCUUUCUCGUACCACCCGCCUCCACAAUAACGCUGACUAGCUCUCCGUGCUGUACCAAAAAAAUGGGCCCAGUUCGGCUGUCGGCGCUCCAUGCGUCUGUAUUCCUUCUUCUCGCCUCGGCUGUUCUGGUCGGUGCAGAAGACUAUCUCGGGUUGCCCACAUCCAAGUACGAGCACGAAUGGGCCAAGUAUCGGCAACCUGACGGGCUCCUAUCGCUCGACUACCUGAAGGAAGGCGGCGAUGGCGACAAGAUCAGAGGACGGAAGGCCAUGGAGAACCUCUUCGAAGUCGUCUUCUGCUCCGCGCUCCCGUCGAAGCAAGUGCUCCCGAACAACCUCUUCCAAAACCCGGAAUUCACGGAAGGCAUCGACCCGUGGCAGGGCUUCGGCUGGUCGUCCGUGUACGCGGUAAAAGACGCCCGGCUAAACUACGGCGUGUGCACGAACCGAUCCGAAGCCUACGCCGGCCCGAUGCAAUCCGUUUCUAACCUGCCGGCCGCGUCUUACGAGAUGAUCGUCUGGGUCCGGCUGAACGCCGGCGACCGGCAGUACGUGAACGCGAACGUCAACAUUAACGGCCAGUACGUCUGCAUCGGCGGCGCGAUCGCCAAAUCCAACUGCUGGACGAAGCUCAUGGGUGGAUUUACCCUACAUAGUCCACUAGACAAGGCUAGUAUCUACAUCCAAGGGGCGACUCCCGGCACUGAGAUAUGGAUCGCGCAGGCGUCGCUGCAUAAGGUGGAUAAGGACGAUUGGCUCGCGCAGCAGAAGGCGAGCAUUGAAAAGCAUCGCAUGCGCGACGUCGCGUUGACGGUGAAUGGAAAUAACGGACAGCCUGUGGACGUGGUGAUCAACCAGAUUCAGUCGGAUUUUCCGUUUGGCGGAAACGUUAACGGCGCGAUCCUUUACGACCAGAACUACCAGAAGUGGUUCAAGGCUCGCUUCAACUGGGCCGUGUUCAAUAACGAGGGCAAGUGGUACUUUAACGAGGGAGUCAAGGGUGUAGAGAAUUACACUGUAACGGACGCGAUGACAAACUGGUUUCGCGAACGAAACAUCAACGUUCGCGCGCACAAUCUGUUCUGGGCAGUGGAGAAUUUCGUGCAGCCCUGGGUCAAGGCCCUCAACGACCAGGACCUGUGGGCGGCGAUGCAGCGAAGACUGAACCAUGCGGUAACCCGUUACAAGGGGCAGGUGCAGCACUGGGACAUUCUCAACGAGCCGCUGCACGGCAACUACUUCGCGGACCGCCUAGGCCCGCAGGUGCACGAGUGGAUGUACAAGGCUACUAACGCGAUCGACAAUAACGCGCAGCUGUUCAUUAACGACUAUAAUACGGUCGAGGAGUGCGACGGCGUGUCGCAUCCCGAGUAUUACCUCGCGAAGGUGUGGGCGAUGACGACACGUGGCACGCCGAUUACCGGGAUCGGCGUCGAGUCGCACUACAGCAAGGAGCCGCAGCCGGCCCGUCUGAGGCACGACCUGAACCAGCUCGCGGUGGCGGGAAUCCCGAUCUGGCUCACCGAAUUGGACUUCAACAAGGUCCCCGACGACGCGAUUCGCGCCGACUACUUCGAGUCGGUCAUGCGCGAGGCGUUCGCGCACCCCGCCGUGCGCGGGAUCGUGAACUGGUCCGCAGGGCGCGCCACGUGUGAUAAGUACAGGGACGUGGACCCCGGCAUGUGCGAGCCGUGCGAGGCAUGCUUCGCGGACUCCAACUACGUCGAUAACGAGCUCGGGAAGAGGUAUGUGCGCCUGCGCAAGGAGUGGAGCACGCAUCUCAGUGCCCAGGUCACUCCCGGCCAGCCCCUCGCCUUCAAGGGAUUCCACGGCACGUACCGCGCUCGCUUCCAGGUCAACGGGCAGACCGUCGAAAAAACUUUCCAUGUGCCCAAUGGGCAGGGAACAGCUCAGAUUACCAUCCAGCUGUAGAGCGGAUAUUAGCUGUGAUGUUAGGGAUAAUGCAUCCUUUAGUGAGCUAGGAAGCCAAGGCUAUCUACAGAUAGGCUAGAUUGAGAAUGUAGCAGCUAGCUACAUGGUAGGAGUUGUCUUAGCAUAUCUUGUGCUAUACUUUGACGCAAGCUUCUAAUUCACAAUUC